AAAGUACUAGAAAACUAUAAAAAAAAGAUGCAUGAACUAACAACGACGUAAAUGAUCAGACACGAUUGGGUGGAGAGCAAACCAUCAUCGCCGCGAUUAAUCGCCCAUUAUGGGCCAUUGUGAAGAGGCGCCUUAAGAUUCUCAAAUUCAGAAUUGCUACAUCUACCAAAGCGAAGAACAGUUAAAAACGAAUGCGGCCGCGAUUCGGAACGCAUCGCGGCGCGGUCCCGAGUUCAUAGUAACAUUCUAGAGAUUCUAGCUGUCAAAAAUUGACCAUUACAAGCCUUGAGAUAACUUGUUUAUCUAUGCGGGCCGCCCGAGCGCAGUUUGCUACGGAAGCCUACCGCGACUAGUUGCUCCGAUCCGUCAUCUUUAUUUCAGAAUUUAUACGCAAGUAAUAGGAAUGGCGUCAAACAUCUCCGUGAGAGAAUUCUACAAAGGCAGGAGUGUCCUGGUGACCGGCGGGACCGGGUUCAUGGGAAAAGUUCUAGUAGAGAAGUUGUUAUACUCUAUCCCGGACAUCGGAAACGUCUACAUACUGCUGAGACCCAAAAGGGGCAAGUCUGUAGCACAACGAUUGGAAGAUAUGCAGCGGUUACCAUUAUUCGAUCGCCUCAAAACUGAACGUCCCAGUGCAUUCAAGAAAUUGAAAGCCCUACAAGGUGACGUGUUAUUUCAAGAUUUCGGUCUUUCGAAGUCCGAUAUAGAGAAUUUAUCCAAUGAAGUGUCAGUCGUAUUCCACUUCGCCGCAACCCUGAAGUUGGAGGCUCCCCUUAAGGAUAACGUUGACAUGAACACGAGCGGGACUCAAAGAACUUUGAACAUUGCAAAGCAGCUCAAGAAUUUGUCAAUCUUUGUACACUUGUCAACUGCUUUCUGCUAUCCGGACUACCAAGUGUUAAAUGAAAAGGUUCACGCCCCACCAGCUAAGCCGGACGACGUGAUGAGACUGAUCGAGUGGUUGGACGACAAGCAGCUGGCGAUCCUAACUCCAGCACUCCUGGGUCCCCACCCGAACUGCUACACGUACUCAAAGAGGUUGGCCGAGAACAUCGUCGAGACAGCUUUCGACGAAUUACCUGUCGUUAUUUGCCGACCGAGUAUAGUAUGCCCAACUUACAUGGAACCAAUGCCCGGGUGGGUGGACAGCCUGAACGGUCCAGUGGGCGUGAUGCUAGGGGCGGGUAAAGGGGUCAUACGGACGAUGAUGUGCGACGGCAGCCUGGUCGCGCAGGUCAUACCCGUCGACGUGGCUAUCAACGCGAUCAUCGCGGUCGGAAUGAUCGAAGGCAGCAGAAAGGAAAAACCCGAAGUGAUUCCCGUGUACAACUUGAAUAUUGGCCACCAAAAACCCACAACAUGGGGUUCCGUGCUCGAAGUGGCGAAAGCAUAUGGCCGCAAAGAACCACUCGAGUGGCCCUUGUGGUAUCCCAACGGUGACAUCACGACGAACAAAGCGCUCCACGAGUUCCGAAGAUUCUUCUACCAUAUGAUUCCCGCGUAUUUCAUCGAUUUCCUACUGCUUAUUUUCGGACAGAAACGAUUCAUGCUAAGGAUUCAGGAUAGGAUCAGCCAAGGUCUGUACGUGCUCCAAUACUUCACGACCAGGAACUGGUGCUUCGGAGCGGAGAAAUACGACAGCAUACAAGAAAUCCUGAACGAGGAGGAGAAAGUGAUCUUUAACACUAACCUCAUUAACGCUGACCGUGAUGAGUACAUGAGGAAGUGCGUCAACGGGGGCCGCGUGUUUUGCUUGAAGGAGGAUCCCCACAAAAUCAGCAGGAAUAUAGCAUAUCAUAACUUCCUCUACGUGCUGGACUGGAUCGUGAAAAUCCUCUUCUGGCUGCUGGUGCUUUCUUACGUGGUGUCGUGGAGUGACCCGGUUAAACAUCUCUUCUCGUACGGCGGACCGGUGGUAAAAGCCUUACCAUUCCUAGGCCGGGCCGUAUUCGACGGAAGCAAUAACGAAUAGUUUCAUUUAUCUUUCAAUUGAAUCGUAAUUCAAUGAUAAACACACGUGGUGAAAAUUGAGUUUUCAAGUUUACGGUAUGUUCACAGUAUUGUUCUAUUUUAGUAGGCCAAAAAUUAUUUUUGGUCCGCUAUGUAGGCUCAAAACCUGUAAUAUUACCGUGGGCAAAGUUAAUCUAUGACGGUUAAGAAACUCCCCAUUUUGGGGUCACCUAUUUGAGACUGGAUUUUCAAAUGCAAUGACUCCUGCCUGAAGUCAAUAAGAUUCCAGCCAGCUUUAAAAACCUCCAGUAAAAGAUAGGGAUAAUCUGGUUCCGUUAUUUAGCAAUCGUUGUUAUUAUAUUCUUAAUAUUAAAAAUAUAUGAGCAACAAAACUUAAGUAGGCUUACCUCAGUCAACACUUCCAGUUUUAUAGCGGCUAAAUUUAGAUGAGAAAAUAUGUAAAUAUUUCAAGUUUUCUUUCGUGAGCUCCGCCGUCCUCAAUUAGAACUCGAUUACCUUGAGCAUGCCUCAAAUCACAAUCACACCUUUUAUUUUGUUGGCGUAGGACCUAGAUGAGUAUAACACACCUACAUUACAAUUUUUGUCAUUUUUUAAAGAAAAUGUGCACGCGAUCUUGCAAAAGAAUUAUCUAGCGUCCAGCAUUAACACCUCUCGUCCAAUCAAUAUUUGUUUAGCAGAGGUCACUACACUUAGCACUUAUUGCGCUAACUUCAAUUUAAAUAAAACCAUGUUUGGUUACAUCUCAUUCUUUCUGUAAUGACAUCAAACAAUACUGGACUCCACUCACAUCAGGUGUGUAGGGUAAUUUGUCGUGACUCCUAUAAAAUAAUACAGUUAAUCGAGAUAAGGUUGAACCUACAUAAUUAUGUUGGCGCAAGUGGUACGUAUACUUCAAUGAGGGCUAUCGCGUAUGAAUCCGCCGCUAGAGGCGCUAGUGUAGCGUGAGGUCUCCAAACUGUCAAAUGUUAAAUUUGUGGGUUGACUACGCGGGUUUAUCCCUAAUUAAAAUAAUGUUGUGAAUAUCUGGUAAUGGCUCGGCUUAAUUAUGGCAAAUAUGAGUUACGUGGCAAUGAAUGUCAGUUAUUUAAAAGCGGAGCUAAGAAAAAUUAUUAUGUCCUCCUUUUUUCUGAACAAAACGGAACUGCGCAUCACUGUGGCAUGGCCGAUUAUGUUAAGGAUACGGUUCUUUUGUAUUAAAAUAUGAUUUAAAUGUAAACUUUGAUUUCACGUGCGUAUGAAUAAACUUUAAAAGUUUAAAUUUAGGACCUCACUCAAUAGUGGCGCCAUCUGGUGAGACAGAAAACGGUAGCCCUCAUUGCCUUAGUUCAUAUUUUAUACUGUACUAGCGGCCGCCCGCGACUUCGUACGCGUGAAUUUAGUUAGUAAUAAAGGUUCACUGCUCGUUCCCCUUAUGUGAUAGCGUGAUUAUAUGUAGCCUAUAUGUUGACCCGACUUUUUAAUAAUAUUCUUGCCGAAUUUGAAGUAAAUCCAUGCAGUAAUUUUUGAGUUUAUCCCAGACAUACAUACAGACAAACAGACAACAAAUCUAAAAACUAUAUUUUUGACUUCGUUAUCGACAGUAGAUCACACCCCCAGUAUUCUUUUAAAAAAAUAUUCAAUGUAGAGUUUUAACUUUCCUACCAUUUUUUUAUACUUCCUACUUAGGUAACAUAGCAAAUAAAUACUGAUAUCAAUCUUCUGAGCUACCUAUAAUUGAAUUUUGAGUUACCCGAGAAAAUUAAAAAUCGUGUAAAUAAGCAUAGUUAUAAACCGCAAAUAUUUUGAUUUUUAUUUAUAUCGUUUAUAAAAUAUCGUUAGACGGCACGCGUAAAUAACAUACUCAUUAUGGAAUUAUUAUCCGUUUAAAGUACACGCAUUGGUACAAAAAAAAAGUAGUUCUAUUUGAAUCAAUUUAUAACAAUAAAAAUUGUUAAGGUUUCAUAAUUGCAGAAAUAGUGAGUUAACAUGAAGUCAUUUUUGGGAAAAAAAUAAUUUCAAAAAAAACUAUUUUUUCCGUAAAUAUAAUCUAAAUCGUUGUCUGAACCAGCUGGUAAAGUUUCUCAGGUGGCUCAAAAUUCACGGUGUAUAAGGCCUUUUCUUGCUCAAGAAAUAAAGGCGUAACUCCAGCGCACUGGGCUAUCAUCUAUUAGAUAAUUAAAUUGCGCCACAAAGUAGGUAAUCGGACAUUGCAAUGUAAAAGGUAGUCUUAAAUUGUAACCUUUCACAUAGUUUCAAGGCGGAAUUUCACAAAUUUUGUGUCCCACAUUCUUACAUAAGUGAUAAACGUAGUGCGAUCGAACUUCUCAAGUGUUAAUUUAUAGAAACUGAAUAUGCCGACCGGUUCCCGCCGGUCAAGGGCAUUGCAACCGGCCGUUAAGUCAUUAUCAACCUUAUCUGCCUCCGCAAGUAUUCUACGUACUUAGAAUAGAAAAAAAAUAUCAACCGAUAUUAAUUAUCAUUAUUUGUUAUUGGUUGUUUAAAAAUGUUUGGUUUUUAUUUUUGAAUUAGCGGAGUGCUAAAAAAGGGUUCCAAGAUUUUUAUUGCAAACCGUACUUUUCAAGCGACAUUUGACAGAUAGAGGUCAUUGGCUUUUCUAUUCUUAUUUGAAUCGCAUUAAACGUACGCACAAUCAAUAGCUGUUACUGUGUUACAAUGUGAGUGAAUGUGUUACCGCCAACUGAUAAUGCAUAGCUAUAUACUUACUUAAUAGGUACUCAUAAAUAAAAUGGUUUACAGUCACUCGAUUAUACUGUUUCCGUUUGCCCAGUUCUUGGUACUGAAUACAAGAAGUAUUCAUUUAUAAAUAUAAUGUAACUACUGUUUAAUAUAAAUGAAUGUUUACAUAUAGGUAGGUACUCAAUUGAAGAAGGCUGGAGGGAGACGUUAAGUUCAUAGUUCGAACUAAGAAUGUUUUAGUACCUACAGAGUUAUAACUACAUAUAUUAAUGAUAGUGAAUCUGAGCAUGGUUGAAGAAACCCCGACUAAAAAAACGAGCGAGCAUUAUAUUAGAAAAAAAAAAUAACCUACUACAAAAGGAAUAAGCCAUUUGAACAUUAUGUUCUAAAAUCAAAUCAAAUAGCGCGCGCUUUCGCGACUUCCUGUUACACACUUCCCUCCCAUUUCACGAAAUCACUCCCACAAAUUGCAGGAAAGCGAGAGGAAAUAUGUUACACAUCAAAAAAACCCUUCCGUAUCACUUUGUUUAACGCUUUUUAAAGUAGAAAGUCAAAAUAAUAUCGCUUUUACGUGACAUACCGUAAACUUUCUCGAAUUAACUUUCACAUCGAACAUCAAUCAACUUCAUGUUUUUUUACUUAAUAGUUUAAAAGUUGUCUAUUUUUGUAAGCUAGAUCUUUGUUCUUUUUGCUGUUAUAGGGUAUUUUUUUUAUAUAAGGUACUUUUCACGUGAUUUUCUGAAUUCACGCUAGUCAGUGAAAUAGCUGAAGCUACCUCAUUUAACGAGUUACCUACACGUAGGGCUGCCAUCCGUCCGGGUUUCCCCGGAUUUGUCCUAGUUUACGGGGCGUCCGGGGAGCGUCCGGGCGGGGUUUUAUUUGUAGUCCGGGUUUAAAAAAUUACGGCAAUGCAUGAGUGGCCCUUGGUGCUGCAAGUGUCCAUGGGCAGCACUUAUUAUGAGGUAGACCGCUAGCUCUUUUGCCUAGAUCAACAUAAAAAAGUUGAUUUGUGACAUUUUUAACUGUUUUUUUAUUGGUCUGUCCGGGUUCUGGGCUUCAAAAUCCGGGGUUAUCACUCGUCUUAUCCUGGUUGCCACAUUUUAGAGAUGGCAGCCCUACCUACACGGACCUGAAAAAAAGGCGGACGUAACCUCGAAGCAUGCCAAUAAUGGCCGUAUGUUGACCGCGUCUACAUGAUUUGAGGGUUGUCGGAUAAAUCAUUAAUAUCCCUACUUUAUAAAUCUCGCAAAUUUAAACAUUGUUAACCUUAUGUAAUCAAAUAUAUUUAAUAUUUUUCAGGUCCGUGGUUACCUAUUACAGAAUUUAAUGUAGCAAACCGAGAAAUCCAAAAUAGCGAUAACGCAUGUUUUAUUUAAUGUUCAUAAUAUAUGUUCUAAUUUUUUGAAUUGAUAAGAUAUUUGAUGAAACAUCAAAUAACCGUUUUAAAGAAUUAAAUUUUUAAAUUAAACACUUACCUCCUUAUUGUAAACGAAGAAUAAGCUUGGAUUAGUUACUCCAUGUUUUGUCUUUGUUCAUAGAAUGACAAAUGUCAUAUGAGUGACAUGAACAAAACACCACCAAACUUAUUCCUUGUUUAUUAGUAAGGGGGUAUGAGAGUGCGAAAAAAUGGUCACUUUAUAUUAAAUGCUAUUAAUAUCGAAAUGAAGAAUUCAUAAAUGAAACAUACUAUAUUAUGUUUUAUUUAAUGUAGCCAUUUUAGAACCCGUUAUCUGAGCUGCACGGAUUCGGGAUGAGUAGAGUCGAAACCUUUCCGUAGUCACAAGUUUAUAAAUAGGUACACAUCCGCACAAAUGCCCUACAACGUUUUUUCAACACAUUUACGAGAAAACAGUCCCUAAUUAUACCUCAUUUUACAUAUUUUUUUUCAUUUUACAAAGCAAACUUUUGUCUAAUAAUAAAUUGGCGCUUUUUUCCAAAUGGUACCACGAGGUGAAAAUUAGAACUACAUCACGUACUAAAGUGAUUAAAAGCGUUUCCAAGGAAGUUCGACGGAAAUUUAAAAAACCCGUAAAGAAUACGCACGGCGCCAUGCAUGGGAGCGUGCGGUAAAAUGUUUUACCGCGCGCUCCGUUGGAUGGCUCGUAAUUUUGAACUUUCGAACAAUGUAUACAACCACCGUAAAUACAUUUUUUGAGCAAGUGUGUUGAAACAGUACAUUGAACUACUCAUCAGCAACAUGUUCCAAUGUCACCGUAUAAUCGUACAAACCAUUGGUUCAUAUUUUAAUAAGUGAUCAUAAAGUGUGGAUGGACUGUGCACGGAUACUAAUUCCAUAACAUAUUUAGCAAUCGACUUCAAUGCAAAUCCUUUAUGUUUGAUGAACCAUUCGUAUUUAAGUUAGACAGCGAAUUUUUGUUCUAGUUCACAAUCAAUCUUUAGUUUACAAUCCUACUAGACAGAUCAUGAAUUAUCGAUUUGUAUAAUAAUGCGGUGAGAUUUAUUAACAUAAACGAACUGAAAUAAGCGUCACACACGCAGAGAUGUCAAUUUUAAUGCUUGUUAAAGUGACGUGACGUAUUGCCAGAAUCGCCUAAGAUUAUUGAUGUCGCCUCAGAGAAGGUCGUAAGGUUCCUUAUCUGAUGGCACGGGUUACGUUGAUACAGUACAUGUAUUCUGACUGGCAGUAGUAAGGUACUUUACCUAAAUAGUACAAGUGGCUGGCAGAAAAAAAGUAGGUUGUCUACUAAAGUCAGUGCCGUCUUUAACCUAUUGGAGGCCCUGGACUUAUUAGGAUAAUGGGGCCCCUAUGACUUCCGUUUGGUGAUUUAACAGGAACUAGGGACUUUGUAUUUGAUCUGAGGGGGCCCCCUAUCGAUCGCGGGGCCCUGGGCACUUGCCCAAAGUGCCCACUGGGAAAGACGGGUCUGACUAAAGUCCCACUUUUAAGUGGCAAUAAAGGGUAAAUUUUUACACUGUAUUUUUUUAUAUUAGAGGUAAAGGUUGAAUGUUUUUCUGACGUAAGUGGGCAGCAAUUAGAAAUUAAAGCGGAAAUGACUUAAAUACUUUUUUCCUAGCGUGGCACACUGAAAUAAGUAACGUUUUAGAUAUUAAUAAAUCUUUUACACGAUUUUAUAUUUUUUUUAGAAGUAGGUAAUAAUGGACGAAUUGAAAUUUACAAUUGUUUUUUUUUUACUUUGAGAUAUUAAAUAAAGAUUUUUUGUAUAAAACUCAA